AUGCCCAACGACGACGCAUACAGCAAGCCUUCGCCACCGUCGGAAGCCCCGCACGCCCCUGGGGCACCACCGCAGGGCAAGGCCGGGGGCUUCGGCAAAGCGGCCGGGGGCUUCGGCAAAGCGGCCGGGGCGCUGCUCGGGACCACGGGCGGCGCGGGCGCCGGGGGCAGCGGCGGCUGCGGCGGCUCAGGCUCGGGGGCGUCGGGCAUGGGCGCCGCCGCGAGCAAGAAGUCCCCGCGGCUGCCCAAGUGCGCGCGGUGCAGGAACCACGGCUACGCGUCGCCACUCAAGGGCCACAAACGCUUCUGCAUGUGGCGGGAGUGCCAGUGCAAGAAAUGCAACCUGAUCGCAGAGAGACAGCGCGUGAUGGCCGCGCAGGUGGCCCUGAGACGGCAGCAGGCACAGGAGGAGGAAUUGGGCAUCAGCCACCCCAUCCCGCUGCCCAGCGCGGCUGAGCUGCUCAUCAAGAGGGAGAACGACAGCAGCACCCCAUGCCUGAUGACUGAGGGCAGCAGCACCUCGCAGACCCCACCGGCCAGCACCCCGACCAUGGCAGCGCCAGGUAACCCUGGCCGGGUGGUCAUCCAGGAUAUUCCUGCUGUCACCAGCAGAGGGCACGUGGAGAACACACCUGACCUCGUUUCCGACUCCACCUACUACAGCAGCUUUUACCAGCCGUCUCUGUUCCCUUACUACAACAAUCUGUACAACUACCCGCAGUACUCCAUGGCCUUAGCCGCUGACUCCCCCUCCGGGGACAUGGGAAGCCCUCUCGGGGGCUCCCCUGUGAAGAACAGCCUUCGGAGCCUCCCAACCCCUUAUGUGCCCGGUCAAACAGGAAACCAGUGGCAGAUGAAAAACUCGGAGAGCCGCCACGCAGUGAGUUCCCAGUACAGGAUGCAUUCUUACUACCCGCCUCCCUCCUACCUGGGCCAGAGCGUGUCCCAGAUCUUCACCUUUGAGGACGGCCCCUCUUACUCGGAAGCCAAAGCGAGUGUAUUCUCGCCACCCGGCAAUCAAGAUGCUGGCUUGGUUUCCCUCUCCAGCAGCUCUCCUAUUAGUAACGAGAGCUCAAAGGGAGUGCUCGAAUGUGAGUCUGCCUCGGAGCCCAGCAGCUUUGCGGUCACUCCUGUCAUCGAGGACAACGAAUAAUCGGGCACCCCCGAUGCCUUUGGCCAUUCACCUGGAGUGGCAGGUUUAUUCCGUUUAUACACAGGGUUUGUUGUUAACAUUUUGCCUUGACUCA